AUGAUACAAACUGGUUUUUCGAACUAUUCUCAAGCAAUUAACACCAUAGUUUGGACAUUUGAAGAUCUCGGCUAUGAUGACGACUUGAAGGCAGCGAGCAAUGUUAAGACGGCAGUCGAGAAAUUGCCAACAUCGAUGACAUUGAAGUGGAACGAACACCUACUUCACAAUAAAGUAUCUCGCCCAACCCUCACGGUCCUUGCCAAAGGUUGCAAAAACAGGUGGAGGCACACAAACUGUUGCCAAUGAGGCAAACCGAAAUACAAGCCCCUGGGGAAAUGGAAUGGAUCGCAACAUGGUGAUGGCCCUGGGAAUUAUGUAAAUUGCCAGUUAACAACGAUGCGGUAACACCCACCCCUGCACAUUAGGGGAUGGUAAUCAUCCCACUUCCCGAUGCCCACAGUUUAUUGCAUUGAAUCCUGACAAUAGAGCUGAGAAGGUGAAAGAGACAAAACUGUGUUUUUGGUGCCUUUCCCCCGGUCACCGCUCCCAGAAUUGCCCCACCCCGAAGGAAUGCAACACUGGUGGCUGUAAGAAAAGGCAUCAUCCUUUGAUGCACGAUACAAAGCGUGUUUAUCAAACUUGUGGCUCCAAACAGCACGUUGGACUCACAUAUCAGCAAGCAUCCCAAGUCCUACUUCAAAUUCUCCCAGUAACCAUUCAUGGGCUGGUGGGCCUUCACAGAACUUAUGCCAUGUUGGACAUGGGUAGUGCGUGGACACUCAUUCAAGCUAGUGUUGCCAAUAAAGUUGGACUGACUGGACCCACUGAGCAAAUGAUCUUAAAUGGGGUUUAGCAGCAUAGUUGUAUUGCAUCAAUGAUUGUUGACUUUGGUGUUAGUUCUGUGGCUAAUCCCACCUACCCCUUUAUUGUUGCACAAGCUAGGAUGGUAGAAAGGCUGAACCUUCCGAAGAUAAGCAUCAACAUGUCGAAGGAGAAGAAUCGUUGGCCUCACUUAGCGAACCAGUAAAGGAUGUUGAUAUCAUGGUCUUGCAGGGUGCUGAUGUCUUUGACUUGAUUGUGCCUCUGGAAAUAAGAACCGGUUCAAAGGGAACUCCUAGAGCGGUACGCACUGCUCUCGGUUGGACUGCGACUUCUCGUCUCCCAGGGAGUAGUGACAUCAAUACGGUCACUGCCAUGAAAGUCCAUAUCACAACUCCUGAAGAAGACCUCACUCAUCAAGUCCAGCUGUGGUGGAAGAUUGAGUCAUUUGGGUGUAAAUAUGUGGAAGAAACCUCUUGA